CUAGCCGCUAACCGACUCAUGCUAGGCUGCUGCACUGAGACUGACAGUCCAAACUUCCAUUAGCAUCAAGGCAGCAGAAACAAAGCAUUGUAAGUCCAGAGGACUCUGUAAAAAAUGCCUCAGACCAACAAGUCAGUGAGCAGUGGUGGCGUGCCAGGACAGGUAUCUGCUCCAGACCAGGGAGAGCCACCACCAGCAUCAGUGGAAGUUAAGGGCCAGGUGGCUGCUGGAGAUGGAGGCGGAGGAGUCGAUGCAGAAGACAAGGGAGACAUGGAGGUCAUCAAAUCACCCAGUGACCCAAAAAAAUACAGAUACAUCGAGCUGAGUAACGGCCUCCGGGCUCUCCUUAUCUCCGACUUCAGUCGGGCUGAUGGGAAGGGAGACAGUGAAAAUGAAGAGGACAAGGGGGAAACAGAGGAUGAGGAAGAGGAGGAAGGUGAAGAUGAAGGGGAUUCUGGUGAGGGGUCGGAGGAGGAUGACGAGCACAACGAAGAAGAAGAGCAGGACAGCGACUUUGAUGAGCUGGACGAGGAGAACGCAGGGAACAAGAAGAUAGGGUGUUCUGAGAAGCAGGCAGCGGCUGCUCUGUGCAUCAGUGUUGGGAGCUUCAGUGACCCCGACGACCUGCCUGGCCUCGCCCACUUCCUGGAACACAUGGUGUUUAUGGGCAGUGAGAAAUACCCAGCAGAGAACGGCUUUGAUGCUUUCUUGAAGAAGCACGGCGGUAGCGACAACGCAUCCACCGACUGUGAGAGAACCAUCUUUCAGUUCGACGUGCAGAGGAAGUAUUUCAGAGAGGCGCUCGACAGGUGGGCUCAGUUCUUCAUCUGUCCGCUGAUGAUUGAGGACGCCAUUGACAGAGAGGUGGAGGCCGUGGACAGCGAGUACCAGCUGGCGAGGCCGUCUGACUCGCAUCGUAAGGAGAUGCUGUUUGGGAGCCUGGCUAAACCUGGACACCCCAUGAGCAAAUUCUGCUGGGGUAACGCUCAGACAUUAAAACACGAGCCCAAAGAGAAACAGAUCAACACGUACCAGCGGCUCAGGGACUUCUGGAGGAGAUAUUACUCUGCUCAUUACAUGACGCUCGCUGUUCAGUCCAAAGAGACACUGGACACUCUGGAGCAGUGGGUGAGAGAGAUCUUCAUCAAAGUUCCCAACAAUGGUGACCCUCGACCCGACUUCUUUCACCUCCAGCAGCCGUUUGACACUCCAGCCUUCAACAAACUCUACAGAGUGGUCCCUGUGAGGAAGGUUCAUGCUCUGACCAUCAGCUGGGCCGUACCACCACAGGGAAAACACUACAGAGUGAAGCCUCUUCACUACAUCUCCUGGCUGAUCGGACACGAAGGAACCGGCAGCAUCCUGUCUCUGCUCCGCAAGAAAUGCUGGGCUCUGGCUCUGUUUGGAGGAAACAGUGAGACGGGCUUCGAUCAAAAUACCACCUACUCCAUCUUCUCCAUCUCCAUCACCCUCACCGACCAGGGCUACCAGAACUUCUACCAGGUUGUAGAUUUUGUGUUCCAGUACCUGAAGAUGCUCCAGACUCUGGGCCCCCAGCAGAGGAUCUACGAGGAAAUUCAGAAGAUAGAAGCCAAUGAGUUCCACUAUCAGGAGCAGACGGAUCCCAUCGAGUUUGUGGAGAACAUCUGUGAGAACAUGCAGCUGUUUCCCAAAGAGGAUUUCCUGACUGGGGACCAGCUCAUGUUUGAGUACGACCCAGAGGUGAUCAGUGCUGCUCUGUCCCUGCUGACUCCAGACAGAGCAAACCUGCUGCUGCUGUCACCAGAAAACGAAGGUCGAUGUCCACUCAGAGAGAAGUGGUUCGGUACCUGCUACAGCAUGGAGGAUAUCCCAGAGGAGUGGGCUCAGCGCUGGACAGGAGACUUCGAGCUCCACCCCGAACUCCACCUCCCUGCUGAGAACAAGUACAUCGCAACGGAUUUCACUCUGAAAGUGUCGGACUGUCCAGACACAGAGUUUCCUGUCAGGAUAGUGAACAACGAGCGUGGCUGCCUGUGGUACAAGAAGGACAACAAGUUUAAGAUCCCCAAAGCUUAUAUUCGUUUCAACUUGAUCUCCCCCAUGAUUCAGAGGAGCCCUGAGAAUCUGGUACUGUUCGACCUCUUCGUCAACAUCUUGGCCCACAACCUGGCAGAGCCGGCCUACGAGGCCGACGUGGCUCAGCUCGAGUACAAGCUGGUGGCCGGAGAGCACGGCCUUGUGAUCCGACUGAAGGGCUUCAACCACAAGCUGCCGUUGCUGUUGAGGCUGAUCGUGGAUCACCUGACCGACUUCAGCGCCGAGCCAGGCGUCUUCACCAUGUUCUCAGAGCAGCUGAAGAAAACCUACUUCAACAUCCUCAUCAAACCUGAGCGCCUGGGCAAAGAUGUGCGUCUGUUGAUCCUGGAGCACUGUCGCUGGUCGGUCAUUCAGAAGUAUCAGGCCGUCAUGAAGGGUCUGACUGUUGACGACCUCAUGACUUUCGUCACGGGGCUGAAGGCGGAGCUGUACACUGAGGGGCUGGUGCAGGGAAACUUCACCAGCACGGAGUCCAAGGAGUUCCUGCAAUACUUCACUGAGAAGCUGCAGUUCCAGCCUCUGUCUGCAGAGGUCCCUGUCUUGUUCCGGGUGGUGGAACUGCCUGAGAAAAAUCUCCUAUGUAAAGUCAAAUCACUCAACAAGGGAGACGCCAACUCUGAGGUCACCGUCUACUACCAGUCGGGGCUGAAGAACCUCAGAGAGCACGCCCUGAUGGAGCUGAUGGUGAUGCACAUGGAGGAGCCGUGCUUCGACUUCCUCAGGACAAAGGAGACUCUGGGGUACCAGGUGUAUCCAACCUGCAGGAACACAUCAGGGGUGCUGGGGUUCUCUGUCACCGUGGAAACACAGGCCACCAAGUUCAGCACGGAGUUCGUGGAGGCGAAGAUCGAGGAGUUCCUGGUCAGUUUCGGCGAGCGUCUGUCAGGUCUGAGCGAGGAUGCCUUCAGGACCCAGGUGACAGCUCUCAUCAAGCUGAAGGAGUGCGAGGACGCUCAUCUAGGAGAGGAAGUGGACCGCAACUGGUUUGAGGUCGUCACACAGCAGUACGUCUUCAACCGGCUCAACAAGGAGAUCGAGGCUCUGAAGCACUUCACUCAGGAGGAGCUGGUCUCCUGGUUCUUGGAGCACAGAGACACCAGCAGCAGGAAGCUCAGUGUUCAUGUGGUUGGUUUCGGGGUGGAGGAGAACGACCCACCGGAGCAGAACAACGGCUGCAGCACCGACAGCCCCGACAACCCCCCCUCCUCCUCGGCCUAUGGUGAAGUCAGCGAGCUGACCUUCUUGUCCGCCUCCUCGCCGUCGCUCCAGGACACCACACUCAUCUCCGACAUCAGAGCGUUCACCUCCUCCCUCCCCCUUCACCCCUACCACAAAAUCCUCAGCUAAGUCACUCCCACUGCAGACCGACAGGAAACGCACCAGAUCCUCCUCCUCCUCAUUUCCUGUCAGAGAUAAUAAAGUUACCAUGACAACGACUAGCAUCAUAAUACUAAUCGCACUGUUUGGUCAAGGAGGUCACUGUUAGGACGACAGACACUAAGGGGCGUGUCUGAGGUCGGUCAGUUAUUUUCUUUAAUGUGAGUGGUUACAAUAAUGCUGCAUUCACUUCCUACUGGAAAAACUGUAGAUCUGAGCUUCUGACUGAGAAACCAUGUUCACAGUCGCUCAGAGACGCUUCAGCUCUUUUCAGAUGGAAUAUGAGACUGAGGAACUUGAGUUUGUUACAAAUUCUGGAAACAGAGUGUCAGGAAUAAUACUUUAAUUUAGAAUAAUAAAAACACUGAGCCUGUUGUUGUGUCACCAGGUGUCUGACAGGCUUUGUGGCAGUUCAGCUAAACUGGAUCAGUUGGACCUGAUUUCUGCAGCUAAACCAAACGUGAGCAGGUUGCCUCCUCAGAUUUAGUGGAAGGAAGACCAUGAACCACUGAGAACAGAUUUUAGAAAUACCAGUGUAGAGCGGCUUAUUUUACUAUCAAUUAAUCUGCUGAUCAAUUUGUCAAUUUGAAAAAAGUCCCUGUUUUUCAGAGCCUGAAUUGACGACUUUAAAUGGCUUCUUUUUUUUUUUUCAAAAGCAUUGGCUUUAAAAUCCUGAAGAUUUUCAGUUUACACUGAUAAAAUCCUCACGUUUUUGUUAAUUUUCUAUCAAUCGACUGAUCAAUGUAUUCAUCUUAGCACCUCUAACACAGUGUGACUCUGGACUUUAGAUAAUCACAAAAAUCUGUCUCUUAAUACAAAUGUACAUCACAUCAGAGACCAUUUUGUCCCUACAGUAAUUACAGUCUCUUUACAGUCUCCUGCAGUAUCAAAAGUCUGUUGCAUAUAUUCUUUCAGAUCAACAUCAUCAAAUUAAUCGAGAUUUUCAUUUGAAAAAAAAGAUUGAUGUUUACUUUUGCACCUUGUCUCAGUAAAGGUCUGUUGUUACUUUAGGUUAAAGGACAGUAGAUAAAAGCUGCUGUUCAGUCUUUAAAAUGUGCAGAAUAAUAAUGUGCGGCAGGCUUUUAUUAUUCUUAAUUGUUUUGCAUAUUUUGUCAUCCUAAAAAGUAUAGAUGUGUCAUCUUUUAGUUGUUUUGCAUUUGCUAAGAAAAAUAAAUCUUGUUUUAUAAGUGGUAAAUGUGUUUAAAGUUAAAUUGUUAGAAGAGCUUCACACAACAUUUCUCUUUUUAUCUGAAUCAUCUGAAUUAUCUCAUAAAUGUUUCUGUAGUCAGAAAUGAAAUUAAGCCAUGUUGGUGUUAUUUGAUUGAGUUGUAGGAAUCUGUCGUCACACUGAACUCUGACCUGAAACUCUAAUUAAAGCAGCUCUGCAGAAGGUUUCAUUUCAACUCUUAAGGUAUUUUCUGAUACUAACAAUUAUUUUCAUUAUCCAUUCAUCUGCCAUUUUUUUCUCCAUUAAUAGUUUGGUUUAUGAAACGUCCAUCUCAGUUUCCCAUGUCGAGCUGAACUGUCCCAAAACCAAAGGUGUAAAAUUUACAAUUAUGUAGAAAAACAGCCAAAACAACUGAUCAGUUAUUAAAAUAUUAUAUAUGAAUUCAUUGUUUCAGCUCUACCCAGGUGCAGUUUAAACCACAGCUUCAUGGGACACAUCAGUCAGUGGGGUUUCAGCCCAGAUUUAAACUACAGCUAACCACACAACAGCAGCCUCUGUGUGGAGUUACAUGUGAUCAUUGUGAUGUUGGUUUGUGUUGCAGUGAAGCAGCUGAGCAGGAGCAGAUCGACGAGUCUGUGAGAAUGUUUUUAACUGUGAAGUGAUUAGAUUUUUCCCGGGUGAAGUGAACGCAGCGUGAUGACUCAGGGCUCUGGUUUUAAGUGAAAGUCUGUCAUGAAAGGCGACGCGAGGCAGAACCAUCGUUGUCAUGUCCCUGACGACACAACAGCUCUGUGUUUUCAUUCAGUGUCUAUCAGUUUACAUAUACAUGUUCACACUGUAAUAUUUUUAUCAAUGGAUGAUGUAUAUGAAGAAAUUAAUGUAUAGACUUUAACAGUAUGUGGUGGCCAGUGAUACAGAACUGUGACAUGUUUUAUCUCUGAAUGUACUGCAGGAGUUUACGGAGGCUGGAGAGUGCCACCAAAAUAAUUCUACAUUUCUAAUUGAUUACAUUUGAAGUUCAAUGCCGAUUAAAAUACCUAAAUUAAAAACUUUAUGAAAUGUUCAGUAAAGAGUUGAGUUUUGUUUGUUUAUUCUGUCUUUAAAUGAUGAAUAAAAAAUGUA